UGCUCUAAUCCACUUCAGACUUGGGAGGAUAUGCUGCUGCUGCUUCAGGCUUUUCAGACAGGCUCUCCAAGUCUUGAUAAACCACUGAAAAAACUUUUGGAAACAAAAUAAUGCGCAAUGGAUUGUAAUGAUCAGCAAGCUAGAUGGACGAGUCCUAGGAAAAUUCAUUAUUUGGCGUUGUUAUUUGUCUACUGUUGCAUGUUAGUUUCAGGUAACGCGCAUGCAGUAAUGGACCUCACAUUGAUAAACCCAGACCCAAUUGUUACCAACUCAGAAGCGUCUCUGCUAUGUGUCAACAGCGAGUGGAGCAUUCCUGAUGUGCCAAACAUUGGAAGAGAUUUGGCUCUACCUAACCAGCAGAUGUCACAGCAUGCCAGUCACGAUGACAGUCACCGCUUUGCAUUAAAGGUUACCUGGCAAGAAAGGAGCAGCGAUAUCUUUGGAGCCUUUUAUUGUGGUGAAAGAAGUAAAGACUCCUCAAAUAAAGUAUAUACAGUUAAGAUGCUAGAUGAAGCUACCUUCUGUCCUGAAUCAUUAACUAUUACAGUCAACAAGGGUGAACUUGUCAACAUUUCUUUUACACGUGUGAAGCAAGUCUCAGAGGACGCUGUCAUCUAUAAAAAUGGCUCCUUUAUUCACUCUGUGCUAAGAGAUGAGGUGCACCCGACACUGGUGUAUUCAUUCUCUUCUGUUCAGCUGCAAGACGCGGGUCUCUACGCUGCCAGAUACAUCGGCGGAACCAUCUUCACCUCGGCUCUCACUAGGCUGAUAGUAAGAAAAUGUGCUGCUGGAAAGUGGGGCCCUGACUGUAAACAGAACUGCCCUAUAUGCCUAAACAGUGGAGUCUGCCACGAUGAGACAGGAGAUUGCAUCUGUCCACCCGGCUUCAUGGGACAAACAUGUGAAAUAGCUUGUGGUAAGAACAGAUUUGGAAGAAGCUGUAAAGAAAAGUGCAAUGGUGGGAGCUGUCAGUCUCGCGUGUUCUGUCUACGAGAUCCCUACGGGUGCUCUUGUGCUACAGGCUGGAAGGGAAUAAGAUGCAAUGAAGCUUGCCCGCCCGGGUAUUACGGAGCUGGCUGUAAACUCAAGUGUGAGUGUCGAGACCGUGGUGUUUGCGACCGCUUCCGAGGGUGCCUCUGCAAGGGCUGGCAUGGCCAACGCUGUGAGAAAGAAGGUUCUCAAGAUGUGCCUCCUCAGGUGACAAGUAACCUAAGGGAUGUUGAACUGAAUUAUGGGAUAACUUACAGUCUCAACUGUUCUGCAACAGGCUAUCCUCCUUUGCUCCAUGGAGAGAUUAUGCUGCUGAAACCUGACAAAACAACUGUUGAACCAACAGAUACUCAAACCUUGAGCAGCCAGUCUACUGCCUUAUUCAAAGUGGAGAAGAUCCAACUCCGCGACUCAGGAACCUGGUCCUGCCAGGUGAACACUGCUUCUGGAUAUACAGAAAAAUCUUUUAAUGUGGAUGUGAAAGUUUCUCCAACGCCACUGUAUGCCCCAACUUUGAACAGCAGUGGGCCUUAUCACCUGGUAAUUUCCAUCAACAAGGAGCCCUAUAAUGGUGAUGGACCUAUAACAUCUGUAAAGCUUCUGUACAAAUCAGCCAGGGCACCGCAGUCAUGGUCAUCCAUUGAAGUGAAUGGGCCACUAGUGAAGCUCGAGAAACUGAACCCAAUGACAGUGUAUAAUAUAUGUGUCCAGCUGAGUCGCCAAGGAGACGGAGGUCAAGGGCAUCCAGGUCCUGAGGCCAGCUGUUCUACUGCCAUGCUAGAUCUUCCUCCGCCAUCGGGGGUGAAACUGAUUCCAGUCAGCCAGACGUCCCUGAGCCUUAUGUGGGAGCCUGUGGCCGGAUCUCCAGAGGAGGAGCGCAUUUACCAGGUGGAAUGCAGUCCGGUAAACGACAGAUCUGAGAAGAAUAUAUUCCUAGAGGUGCUAAGGAACUUCUCCAGCGUAGAUAUCAAGGAUCUGGAACCCAAGCAGAUGUACCAGUGUAAGGUCCGUGUGACAUGCAAGUCUGUAGGCCAGUGGAGCAAUCCUGUGUCUGCUUGGACUUUCAGCGAUGAGCUCCCACCCCCUCCUUUCAACAUCCAGAAAAUUAACAUCACAGAUUCCUCAGCCAUCAUUUCCUGGUCCCUUGAGGAGGGAAACUCUAUCUCCUCUGUCAUUAUCCGCUAUAAGAACAGUGAUGCCGAGGACUAUAGCCAGCAGACUGAGAUUAAUGUCCGGGAGCAUGCCGUCACGCAGUUUCAGUUGAGAGGUCUGAAGUCUGACACUCACUACAUGGUCGAGAUCUGGGCAAAGAACAACAUUGGAGUAAGCCAGGGAAACCCCAGACUGGAAAUAAAGAUGAGAAAACAGCAGGAUAACCACAUGUCGUCGUAUAAUUUCCAAAGUGAAGGCAACAUGCUGCUCAUUGCUAUCCUGGGGUCUGCAGGAAUGACCUGCUUCACCAUUCUGAUAGCCUUCUUCAUAGUGCUGCAGCUCAAGAGAGCCACCUUCCAGCGCAGGAUGGUACAGGCUUUCCAAAAUGGAGUGAGGGAAGAACCGGUGGUUCAGUUCAAUUCAGGGAUGCUCACGGUCGCCAAGAAAUCCAAGUCCCAGCCGGAGCCUGUUGUCUACCCCGCCCUCCAGUGGAAUGACAUUAAAUUCCAGGAUGUGAUUGGUGAGGGGAAUUUCGGGCAGGUCUUAAAGGCCCGCAUUAAAAAGGACGGGCUCAGAAUGGAUGCAGCUAUCAAAAGAAUGAAAGAAUAUGCCUCUAAAGAUGACCACAAAGACUUUGCUGGUGAGCUGGAAGUUCUUUGUAAACUUGGAAAUCACCCCAACAUCAUUAAUUUACUGGGAGCAUGUGAACACAGAGGGUAUUUGUAUGUUGCGAUUGAAUACGCACUGCAUGGAAACUUACUGGAUUUCCUGCGGAAGAGCAGAGUGUUGGAGACAGACCCUGCGUUUGCCAUCGCAAACAGCACUGCCUCCACCCUGACCUCUCAGCAGCUCUUGCAGUUUGCAGUGGACGUGGCUCGGGGCAUGGACUAUCUCAGCCAGAAACAGUUUAUCCACAGAGAUUUAGCUGCCAGAAAUAUCUUGGUGGGAGAAAACUUUGUUGCAAAGAUAGCAGACUUUGGAUUAUCAAGAGGCCAAGAAGUGUAUGUGAAGAAGACAAUGGGGAGGCUUCCAGUUCGUUGGAUGGCAAUUGAGUCCCUUAAUUACAGUGUCUAUACAAGUAACAGUGAUGUAUGGUCAUACGGUGUACUGCUGUGGGAGAUUGUAAGCUUAGGUGGCACGCCCUACUGUGGAAUGACCUGUGCUGAACUCUAUGAGAAGCUUCCACAGAGAUACAGGCUGGAGAAGCCGCUCAACUGUGAAGAUGAGGUGUAUGACCUGAUGAGACAGUGCUGGCGUGAGAAACCUUACGAAAGACCAUCAUUUGCACAUAUCCUGGUAUCACUAAACAAAAUGCUCGAAGAAAGAAAGACAUACGUCAACACAACUCUGUAUGAGAAGUUCACUUAUGCAGGCAUUGACUGUUUGGCAGAAGAAGCAGGUUAAAUAAAAAGAAAGAGGAUGAAGCCAAUGCUACCACUUGUCCUUAACUGCAUCAUAUUGUACAAGCAAUUUACUUUAGAAGAGCAUGAAUGAAUCGUUUGCAGAAAUAUGCUACCGGUAUUCAUUAUUGCUUUGGACAGUAUAGAGAUUAUCCUAUUUCCUUUCCAUACUUUGCACAAUAUGUCCCAAUGAAGGACCCCCUUUCUCCCACAAGUUCUCCCAUAAGCCAUUUAUUUUAGGGGUAAUCACAGUAUAGCAAGGAAUAGGUGAUUUGUGCAAUCCAGGGUGAUUUCCCAGUGCUGGAAAAUGGUCUAACAAUCUAGCUGUAGCUUAUCCCUCCUGGCAUAGGUUGAUCAAAUCAACUGUGUCUAAAUGUAAAAUGAAAAAAUAACCUAUAUAGCUAAAAGGAGGAAAAGAUCAUAUCUGAUGUAUAGAGAUGGAUUAACUAAACAUUUGCUUUAGUGCAAGGUUUGCCCCAGUUUUUCCUAAAUGUUAAAUAAACAACUCUGGGGUACAUUCGUCAAAACAAAGACAAUAAUACUAAAUUCAUACAUAAGGGGAGUUUCAUACAUGUGGUAUUCCUUUUCUAAAACAAAUGUACAUAAAUACAAACGUGUUACUUUUUGUGUGUUUUUUUCAUCUUUAUACGGCACCUGCAUGUGUUGCAUCAUUUUAAUUUCCAUGGAUCAUAAUGUAUUGCCAUUUUAUCACCUGAAAUUCAUUUUACAUCUCCUGCUUAGGAAUUUCUUUGUAAUUGUAAGUUCAUGUUGCCAUUAGAACAGGCACUGCUAAAGUCUUUUGUGAUAUACUGUAAAAACUGUUCAUAAAAAGGUUGUUUUAAAGAUGAUUCUAUAAAUCAGUGCCGUGUGAUUUAAUAAACUGACUGGUGAUGCCUCACAACAAAGUAAAUGCAUUCAUAUAUAACGGUUGUGUCAUUUUGUUCCCUAAACUGCAGCCAAGAGAGACAUUAUCAAUUGCCUAUUAUGUGACUAUAACAAACUAUAUUACUCAGUGUUGCUGUCUGCUGUGUUGUACACAUUCCUGCAAUAUCUUCACACAUUUCCUUGUUGUUUUGAUAUUUUUAUUCAUAUGUCCUUGGUCAUAAAUCAAAUUAUUUCAUUGUUACCAUAAAUGCAAAAACAAGAUGGGACAAUUAAAUGUAUCUAUCUUUCAAGAUUAAGGCAUUUUACAUAUUUACAGUAGCGUCAAAUAUUCAAAAGUGCAGUUAAAGCAGGCAAAGUUAGGAACUUUCCAUAGUUUUCAGCCUAGCAAUGCAUCUUUCUUUCUUUCAGGGUGUAAGACAGUUAUCCAGAAAAUUAGUUGCCUACACCCACCAGUUUUUGAUUCAAGUGCAUGCAGAAAACUAACUGAAGUUUGAACAGAAAUAAAUAACCUACUGUCAGAUUACCUACGUUUUCUAAUUAUUUAAUACUUAGUUUUCCAUGAAACAUUUUAAGUUGGCACCUUUCAUACAAGCAUGUUUAUGUUGAUGUAAUAUACGGUUAUGUAAUUCAAAAACAAAUGCGGUGACCCUCAAUAUUUGUGUCUGAAAUUACAAAUGUAUAGUGACACUGCAGUUUCAUUAUAAUAUUGUCCAUUCUAGUUAGGGGUAAUUGCCCUUAAUUGUUGGGUCAUUGAUCUCUCAUGAUUCACAGAGGAUUGAUGUGUUGCAGGUGCAAUUGAGUGGUGAUAGUAACUAUAUUGCUCAAUGUGGAGAAAUUAUGCAGUGAUUGGUUGUGUGGUUUUGCAACUGGAAACUGGAAACAAGCAUAAAUGUAAAACUCUAAUAAUGUACUGAUUUUAAAUGGAUUCCUUUGUUGUACAUACCAAGAGGAGCCUGCAAUUUAUAACUUAAUUUUAAAGUAUGUUUUUAGCAAUACCUGUGUUAAACAUGUUAAAAAGUUUCACAAGGGAAGUUUAAUAGAACCAGGAUAUAAAGUCAUCAACCCUUUUCUUAAAAAAAAUAUAUAAUAUAUAUGAUCAAUAAAGCACAUACAUCGGAAGACAUUAAUCAUUUAAAUGUUUGUUUCUUAUGCAACUUCCUCAUGCAAGAAGUUAAAAUGAAAGGAAGGAAUGCUGUU